AUGGAGUAUCAGCUUGUGCCGUUGAACGUCUUCAUCUUUCUUCUCGCUGUAAUAGGUAAUGAAAAUAAUGCGAAAGGCGACACUUCUAAUGGAAACCCCUCUGUCAACCUGGAAUACUUGCGCGAUCUUGACGACGAUAACGUCUACAUGCCGCAUGUAGUUCGAUGCGACGGCUGCCGUAUCAUGGAUAAAAUCUUCUAUGACGCGCUCGAAAAACUGGUUAACAAGUCUUUAUAUGAAAAGCCACAACUGCUCGAAAUUGCAUUAAUCGAACUGUUCGAAAGUCUGUGUAACUCACAGUUCAUCGAAUACGGAUACGCUGUCAUAGACGGCAAAAAGCGCAUGAAAGGUCCUGGUCUGGGCAACGAGGAUCUGCCGGGCGUAAUGCAUUCCAAUGGAAAAUGGUCAAUUAGGUUGCAGAAUAUGUGCAAGCAGUACUCCGAAGAGCUCGGUGAACGAGAGAUCUACGAGGCGUUCCUUGACGCCUAUCAGUCAGGAAACAGAAAAAAAUUUUUCCGCUUUCUCUGUGAAGAUUCCGGAUCACUUGCUUUCUGUGCUGAGAAUACGAAAACCGAACUGUGA